GAAAGAAAAAAAAGUAAAAUCAACGAAGCAGAAUAUUUUCCUCAACCCUAUUUAUUGUGGGUCGCGACCCACAGAGAGAGAGAAGAGAAGAACCAUUUACAGUUUCCUUUCUCUCUCUUUUCUUUUCCUAAAUAACGAAGAAUCUAAAGCUAAGAAGCUGAACCAAAAACGUGAAAGGUGAUUAUCGGGGAUGGCAUCGAAACGGAUAUUGAAGGAAUUGAAGGAUCUGCAGAAGGAUCCUCCUACUUCAUGCAGCGCAGGACCGGUGGCGGAAGACAUGUUCCAUUGGCAAGCGACGAUAAUGGGUCCAUCCGACAGCCCUUACUCUGGCGGUGUUUUUCUUGUUACCAUUCAUUUCCCUCCUGAUUAUCCUUUUAAACCUCCCAAGGUGGCUUUUAGGACUAAGGUGUUCCAUCCAAACAUCAACAGCAAUGGGAGCAUCUGCCUCGACAUCUUGAAGGAGCAGUGGAGUCCUGCCCUCACCAUUUCCAAGGUGCUGCUGUCGAUCUGUUCGUUGUUGACGGAUCCAAACCCGGAUGAUCCUUUGGUUCCGGAGAUUGCUCACAUGUACAAGACUGACAAGAACAA